AUGGAACAUCACACACUACCAGCAGACUAUCCAUAUCGUUGGACACCCACUUCGGAAUUCACGUUGGACGAGUUCCUCGAAAGUAUUCGCAACGACGUCAAGAAUUCAAAGCCGUUCAUCUGCGUUGCGGCGAAGAGCAACGAGAAUACAGAAGUAAAGUAUACAGAAGCCGUCAAAGAGGCGACAGCGCUUGUGAACGAGGUAGCGAAGCAAGUGGAGGACAUUAAAAACAACAACGACAUUCCAGUCAGAGCGAACAAGAAGAAAGGGACAAAGAGCAAAAAGGAGGUUAGAGAGGAACUUCAAGCCAAAGCCACAGUGUCUCUCAAGAAGAUUGCCACGGAAAAUGGGUUUGUGAACGGCAAAUGGAUUGCAUUUGUGGAUCAGACACAGGCGACAAACGUGUUCAAUAAAGUAGCACACUCGUUGGUGUCAGGCCCACUCUCGCAGACCAAGGCAUGGCAAGUCCGCGUUCGGACACUGCCCGUUGACGACCCACAAGACGACAAGCCACGUCAGAGCAACAUCGAGGUUCUUUUGCCAGAUAUCUACGAUGAAGAGGCAGCGAGAGAGGUCAUGAAAGUGCUGUUGCGCCAUCACGGGUUGAGGCUAGCUGGAGCGAAGCCUAAUCUUUACACGGCCAUUGGGGAGGCGCUGAUCGAUACGCUGGAUGAAGAGCUGGAUUCGAAGCAUCUCAGCGGCAUUCCCUCGACGGUCUGGAAAGGAUCAGGUGGCCCAGGGAGUGUGCUGAGUGAGGCAGAAGUUCAGGCGCUGCGAAACGAGUACUUUGCCGAAUUGGAGGAGGCCAAGAAGGAAGCCAACGGUGGAGAAGGCGAGGGUUCUGCACCAAAAAAGACAUCUGGGCCGAUCAAGGCAAUGAACAAGGAGACGGAUGAAAAUCCUUUUGGAUCAGACGAGGAUGAGGACGAGGAGAGCCGCAAGCCGAAGAACGCGCAACCCAAGAAAGCUGCGCCGGCACCCAAAAGACCACGAAAGCAAGCUCAAAGCGAUGAAGAUGAAGAUGACACUCCUCGUAAAAAACAGGCCAAACCGACGGCAGCGGCAAGCAAACGAGGCGGUGCUGCGAGACCACGACCGCGAGUGGCUGCUGUAAAGGCAAAGAUGGAACUUUCUGACGACUCUGAAUGA